AUGGCAGUGGAACAGUUCUUUGUGGCUGCGCUGAUGUUGUCUGCACACCUAGCAUUCUCAUAUCCUCUGGUAACCAUUUUGUCCCUUUUAUGUCCGUUCUUGUUAUUUGUUAUGACUGCUUAUGAAAUCUGUUAUAACCGUUUGACAGUAUCAUAGAUCUCAUGAGACUGUGUGUUUGUGUUGUGUGUUGUCAGACUACAGAGACAUAUUACAUGGAUGCAGGGAGACAGUGCAGACUGUGUCCGCCAGGUGAGAAAGAAAUGCCCUUCAUGAUAGCCCCCUUACUUUUUAUUUGAUUUAUAUUUCCCUUAUUCUUCUGCCCUCAUCUCCACAUUUAUCACUUCGUCCUACAAUCACAACAUAUUACCAUUUUCUACAUUAAUAGUUUUUUUCAGAAUGUGUGUGAGUGUGCGCAUGUGAGUGUCUGAAUGUGCAUAGGUUCUUAGGAAUCAUGAGGAAACUAUGAGAUGGUUUCUCUCUCUCUCUCAUGAUGAGAACUGGAGCGCUGUGCUAUGACCACAUCCUUCAUUAGUAUGCAGACUAGGCCAAAAGGCUCUCGCUCUGUGCUCUCCAUCUCUUCCUGUUAUUCUCUGCUCUCUGUCACUAUACUCCCUCUCUUCUCAGUCAGCAACAGACUGUGUACUAAAACGGUACCUGAAUGUGUGUGUGCCUAUGUGUCAAAAAGAGUUAGCAUUAUGUUCUGACAUCCAAUACUCAUGUAGUCUAUUACAGGACAUUUAUAAAACUGCAGCGUCUAUCAUUCGUAUUGUUAUUGUAGUGCUUACUUAUGCCUUGACUUCCCUUGUCUCUUCACUCUCUCCUUGCUCCUCUCUUUCUAGCUUGUUCUCUCUAUCGCUCUAUUUCCCUAUAUUUUCCCAAACUUCAUUUCCUUUACUCCAUAUCUGCUGUCCCAUGUCUUAGAGACAUUGAACCACUGGACACUUCCCAUUUCACACUGAGCAUUUAAAUACUGUAUUCCCAACAUAGCAACAUUCUAAUAUACAGUUGAAGACGGAAGUUUACAUACACCUUAGCCAAAUACAUUUAAACUCAGUUUUUCACAAUUCCUGACAUUUAAUCCUAGUAAAAAUUCCCUGUCUUAGGUCAGUUAGAAUCACCACUUUAUUUUAAGAAUGUGAAAUGUCAGAAUAAUAGUAGAGAGAAUGAUUUAUUUAAGCUUUUAUUUAUUUCAUCACAUUCCCAGUGGGUCAGACGUUUACAUACACUCAAUUAGUAUUUGGUAGCGUUGCCUUUAAAUUGUUUAAACUUGGAUCAAAUUUUCGGGGAGCCUUCCACAAGCCCCACAAUAAGUUGGGGGGAAUUUUGGCCCCUUCUCCUACAAGCUGGUGUAACUGAGUAGGUUUGUACCUCCUUGCUCGCACACCUUUUAGUUCUGCCCCACAUUUUCUAUUUGGGUUGAGGGGAGGCUUUGUGUGGCCAUCCAAACCUUUACUUUUGUUGUCCUUAAGCCCCUUUUUCCACAAUUGGAAGUAUCUUGGGGUCUUGUCCCUUGGAAACCCCUUUGUGACCAAGCUUUAACUUCCUGCUGAUUUCUUUAGAUGUUGCUUCAAUAUAUCCCAAAAAAUUUUUCCCUUCCCCAUGGCCCCUUUUUUUUGUGAAGUGCUCAGCCCCCCGCAGUAAAGCCCCCCCACAGCAUGAUGCUGCCACCCAGUGCUUCCCCGGGUUGGGGUGGUGUUCUUCCUUUUCAAUUUUUCCCCCUUUUUCCCCCAAAAAUAACGAUGGGCAUUAUGGCCCCCAAAAUGUUCUAGUUUUGUUUCUCAAAACCCAAGGACAUUUCUCCAAAAAAUGCAUCUUUUUCCCUGUGCAAUUGCAAAAGUAUAUAAGGGGUUUUUUUUUUGGGGGUUUUGGAGCAGUGGCUUUUCCUUGCUGGGCACCUUUCAGGUUUUUGCGUAAGGACUAGUUUUCUGGGAUAUAGAUACUUUUUUUACCCGUUUCCCCCCCGUUUUCAAGGCCUUUUCUGUUUUUGGGAUUGAUUAAAAACACUUUUCACACCAAAGUACUUCAUCUCUGAACGAACGCCCUUUUUUCCCCUUUCCGGCGGGAAUGAAGGCUGCGUGGUCCAUGGGUGUUUUUUACUUCGUACUAUUUUUGUACAAUAAACUGGUUUUCAGGUUUUGGAAAUUGCUCCCAGGGAACAAACUUGUGGGUCUACAAAAUUUUUUUUUGGGUCUUGGCUGAUUUUUUUUGAUUUUCCCUGAUGUCAAGCAAAGAGGGGACGAGUUUGAAGGUAGGCCCUUGAAAACCACCCCAGUUUCCCCCCAGUUGACUCAAAUUAGUCAUUUCCUAUCAGAAGCUUCUAAAGCCAUGACAUCAUUUUCUGGAAUUUUUCCAAGCUGUUUAAAUGCACAGUCAACUUAGUGUAUGUAAACUUCUGACCCACUGGAAUUGUGAUACAGUGAAUUAUAAGUGAAAUAAUCUGUCUGUAAACAAUUGUUGGAAAAAAUUACUUGUGUCAUGCACAAAGUAGAUGUCCUAACCGACUUGCCAAAACUAUAGUUUGUUAACAGAAAGUGGUGGAGUGGUUGAAAACGAGUUUUAAUGACUCCAACCUAAGUGUAUGAAAACUUCCGACUUCAACUGUAUCUACUGCUGUACAUAUAAUUCUUAGUAAAUCUUCCAGUGUACAUACGCAUAGAUUGCAUUUGGGUUUGUUAAUUGGAUUCAACCCGACGUUCUUGAUUUCUUAUUAAAAAAUCACACUUAAAUUAUUUGUGUACUUAUUUGUGACAUUUUACUGCACUGUUAGGAGCUAGUAACAUACGCAUUUCGCUGCACCCGCUAUAACAUCUGCUAAACUGUGUAUGUGACCAAUAAACUUGAUUUGAUAUCUUUCCAUAUCUUCACCUCCCCUCUCUCUCUAUCUCAGGUCAUUAUCAGAGGUCCUGUUCAGAGUGCUCUCCCUGUCGUGAUGGUUCCUACACAACACGAUUGAACGCUGAGUCCAGUUGUCAUUCCUGCUUCAAAGACUGCAAACGUGGUACAUAAACACAAACAACUCAUUCACAGAGCAAUGUAACAUCUGAGUAACACUUUAUUUAGUGAGAAACACUUCAACUAUAUAUUGUUUGUAAAUCAUUAUGUCAUUUAUUUGUUAACUUUUUAUCAUUCUUAUUUUAUUUAUUUUUUGGCCCGUCUUCGGAGGACGAAAAUACACUUUUUUUUAACAGGUCAUUUUUUAUUUCACCCCUUUUUUGUCACCAAUUUCGAUCUUGUCUCAUCGCUGCAACUCCUCAACAGGCUCGGGAGGCGAAGGUCCAGUCAUGCGUCCUCCAAAACAUGACCCGCCCGCUUAACCCGGAAUCCAGCCGCACCAAUGUGUCGGAGGGAACACCGUUCAACUGACUACCGGGGUCAGCUUGCAGGCGCCCGGCCCGCCACAAGGAGUUGCUAGAGCGUGAUGAGCCAAGUAAACCCCCCCCUCGCAAAGCCCUCCCCUAACCCGGAUGAAGCUGGGUCAAUUGUGCGCUGCCCGAGCACACCGGUUGUGAUACAGCCCGGGAUCGAACCCGGGUCUGUAGUGAUGCCUUAGACCGCGAUGCAUUGCCUUAGACCACUGUGCCACUUGGGAGGUCCUACAGCUUUUUAUUUGUUGUUACAUGUACAUUCUACACCCAUUUUACAUACGUGCCAUUUUUUUUUUACAGUAGUUACUUAGCAAGAAUAAAGUAAUUUGAUAUUUUGAUAUACAUUACAUCUAGAUAGAUAGUGCUUAUACAUUAUACAUCGUGUUUUCAGUCAUAACUAUUAUAGAACAUGAGCUUUUAAACCCACCCCUCAGCUACUCUCAGUCCGUCCCCCCUAUCUCCAUAAACCGCCCUCUUAUGAUUUCCAUAUGCCAUACAUGUCAUUUCUUACCAAAAGUCAUAGAAUGUAUGUCUACAGUAUGGACACUAUUUAUUACCAUGUAAUAGCUGUACUAAACCUUUUGUUUUGGCUGUGUUUGUUUGGGUCUGUGUGUCAGAUUUGCACCUGGUGGAGGUUGAGCCGUGCACUUCUGUAUCGAACGCUAGAUGUCGCUGUGAGGCUGGUUUUACCUGCACCGACCAAGACGGCCAGACAGGAAAUUGUAGAGACUGUGAGAUGAUCCCUCAGCUGCUGCCACCUAGCAAUGGUACUGUACUGUGUGUGUGUGUUGCCCAUUGGCCUUCUCUUAUGCCUGUCUUCCUUCACUGUGUUGUAUUUUUGCCAGGUUCUGGAUAUUGAAUCAGUGUGUUUGGUUGUGGAUAGAUGUUGAUGUUUUCCUGCCUGUGUGCACUUUGUCUGAUUACAGUAGUGGGCAUCAGAAACAACCAGACAGGAACUUCCUCUGAACACAGCAGGACUUCCUCUUCCGCUGGACGCUGUCAACCUCCCCAGUGGCCUUUAUCCUUUUUUUAUUCCCUACACAUACUGUCACAGACUGUCACAUACUGUAACCAGACAGAUAAAGAGGCUCUGGUUAAAGCCUUCUCCCGUCAGGAGGGCUAG